GUUCUCACGCCCACAUUCUCAGCCUCUGCGGCUGUGCUGGGAGGGAGGUUAAGGACCGCGAAGGUCAACAUCUUCCCAUUCUAAAGAUGGAAAACUGAGGCUCACAGGAGGGAUAGGAUUUGUUUGCGUUUUGUUGGCUCUGAGGCCUCAGGCCCUGUGUUUGGUGACCUUGGGCUUUUUGUGGGGACCUUGACCCUGAGCCGUCUCCCUCAGCGCCCACGGAAGGCGUGUUUAUCUGCCCUUGGGGAUCUGCGGAGGGAAGAGAGAGAGGGGCUGGGCACGCGGUUGGAGGCUGGGAGGCAGGGAGAGGGCAGUGAGCGCUUGGUGAGGGUGACCUCAGAGGGUCCCAUGGGAGAGUGAAUCUAGGCCCAGAUUCCCGCCCCCCCCACCCCGCCCCCCCAGGUCUUGAAGGUCAAACCACACGCAGGUGUGGCUUCCAGGAAUCGGUGACUGGUGACAUUGAUCCUGGGGUUGGUGACACGGGGUCAGCCCUCCACCCACCCGAGCCCUCUCCGGCUUCAUGCGCUGCCCGGUAAUUUUGGGAUAUGUGAGUCAUGGGAAGAGUACAAGACAAACACACCCCGGGGAGUAGGACAAGGCCACUCCUGUUUUUUCUGGCUGUGGAGAUCUGCUGGGGCCCGUGAGUCGGCGGUGCCCGGCGGCAUCCCGUGGGAGCCCUCGGCCAAGGGGACGGGCUUCCAGGAAUCCCCCCGGCUGCCAGACGCCCGGAGAGACCUCAGACCUCCCGGGUCCCGGCUGCGAGCCUGCCUCGUGCUUCAAGUGGCAUUGGGUCAAGAUGAGGGUCCUCUUACAAGAGACGGUGUCUGGGGCCUGGAUGGAGAACACGUCGGUCAGCUACGAGUAUGGGGAUUACGACGGGAUUCCGGACCUCCCCGUGGACUGCAUGGACGGCACCUGUGUCUCCAGCGACCGGCUGGGCGCCGCCCCGUUCCUGCUCUACGGGGCGGUCUUCCUGCUGGGCGUGCCGGGCAAUGCCGUGGUGGCCUGGGUGUCCAGGAAAGAGGCCCGCCACCGGGUCGGUGCCAGCUGGUUCCUCCACCUGGCCGUGGCGGAUCUGCUCUGCUGUUUGUCGCUCCCCAUGCUGGCGGUGCCCCUCGCCCGCGGGGGCGACUGGCCGUACGGGGCAGUGGGCUGUCGGGCCCUGUCCUCGGCCAUCCUGCUGUCCAUGUACGCCAGCGUGCUUCUCCUGGCCGCUCUCAGCGCGGACCUCUGCCUGCUGGCCCUCAGGCCCGGCUGGGGGGCCGCCGCCGGGCGGGCUCGUAGGGUGCAGGCAGCCCGCGCCGUCGCCUGGACGGUGGCCCUGUUGCUCACCGUGCCUUCGGCCAUCUAUCGCCGGCUGCACCAGGAGCAUUUCCCUCAACGCCUGGAAUGUGUAGUGGACUAUGGUGGGUCCGCCGCGGUCGAGAACACCGUGACCGCCACCCGCUUCGUCUUUGGCUUCCUGGGCCCCCUGGCGGUCGUGGCCGGCUGCCACGGUGCCCUUCUGUGCCGCGCGGCCCGACGCCGCUGGCCACUGGGCACGGCUGUCGUGGUGGGCUUCUUUGUGUGCUGGGCCCCCUACCACGUGCUGGGGCUGGUGCUCGCCGUGGCCGCCCCGCACUCCGCGCUCCUGGCCCGGGCCCUGCGGGCCGAACCCCUGGUCACCGGCCUGGCUCUGGCUCACAGCUGCCUCAACCCCAUGCUCUUCCUGUAUUUCGGGAGGACGCAACUGCGCAGGUCACUGCCGGCCGCGUGUCACUGGGCCCUGAAGGCGUCGCGGAGCAAGGAUGAAAGCGUGCUCAGCAAGAAAUCCACCAGCCACGACCUCGUGUCGGAGAUGGAGGUGUAGGCUAGAAGGAAACUGGUUUGUGUUCUUCUGUCCAAUUUCGCCAGGCUGGCUUCAGGCACGGCUGGAUCCAGGGGCUCAAUGAUAUCAUCACUGAUUUCUCUAUCCAUUCAACAUCCAUUCGUUAUGCACCUGCUAUGUGUAAGGCCCUAAUAUAGGCACUGAGGAAGUGGCAGUGACCAAAACAGACACAAACCCCUGCCCUCGGGGAGCUGGCAUUCUAGUGGACGAAGACCGACAGAAAGCAAGACAAUAUUCUCGUGGACGAAGACCGACAGAAAGCAAAG